AUGUGUAUCCAUGAUUGGGCAGGAACACUUGUUCUGUCCAAUGUUCAGAACACAAGCUCUGGACGUUAUGCUUGUACUGCAAAGUCGUAUAACCCAAACACCAAAAGAGAAGCCAGUGUUUCUAGGGAAAGAGAGUUAGAUGUGAUGACCCCACCUGAAGUCAUUGAUUCUCCAAAGCCCGUAAAUACCUUGUCAGCCAAGACAGCCCGUCUAAACUGCUCAGUAACGGGUCAUCCAACUCCCCGCGUCAUAUGGUACAAAAAUGGGCGGCCUGUCUUCAUUAAAGGACGGAUUGUUCAGUCAGACACCAACCAGCUCCUCUUCUACAAUUCAAUAACCGCUGACAAAGGAAUGUAUCAGUGCCUCGCUAUCAACGAUGCGGGAUAUGCGUAA